AUGUAUACUGUCGUUUUGGCCGUGGUAGGUGAUGAUGUCAUAGAGAUCCUGCAGACAUGGUGGGGUUAUAGCACUGAUACACGCAAAGUGAUGUUUCUCCUGGUGUUGCUUGCCGUCGCCACGUUCGUCGAGGAGGAUAUUUCGUCAUGCGCUUUCACUAGCGUCGGCCUCUGCGCAAGCAAUCUUGACGCCACCAACGCCUAUUCUGCCUAUUGA